CAUAAAAUUAAUAAAAAAAUACGCCUACUUAACUCUCAUAAAAAGCAAAUAAAACCAGGACAAAUCGAAUGCUUUAGAACUCAACCACUUAUCACCCCUUUGCCUUGCUAGUAUCUACGCAAAAUUAAAGAUGAUUUCUAAAUAUUUCCUUCUUUUAUUAGCAGUUUACCUGGUAUCGAUUGUGACUGCUGACACUGACGAAGAGCAAUUUAAUGUAUUUAUGCAAAGAUUCAACAAAUCUUACCCAAGUGUAGAAGAGGAAAUGAAGAGGUUUAAGAUAUUCCAGGACAAUUUGCGCUCAAUUGAAGAACACAAUCGAAAAUUUAAAAGGCGUGAAGUGACUUACAGCAUAACAGUCAAUCGAUAUUCUGAUCUGACACAGGAAGAAAUACUUGCUAAUAUAACUGGAAAAUAGAAAGAAAUGCUUUUUUGUCGGACAAUUACGAUUUUUAUUAACAUGUAUUAUUUUAUUAAAAAAAAUUAAAAUUA